AAAAAGUUAUUUUGGUUACUUCCUCUUCUCCUACCAGGGUUUCCCACACCGCAUCCCUAUCAGUUGCGAUGUUUUCUAUUACAAAACGGCUGCGGACCUUAACCCAAUGCCUCGGGUCUACAACUCACCAGCUCCGGUUCGCGAGAACAGACGCCGGUCAGUCCAGGAGGCGCUCCAAGUCAUCGGGGUUUUCCUUGAAGAAGACGGAGGAGAAAUCCGAGUGGUGGAUUGUAGACGGUGAAAUGCAUGAGAUCGGCGAUCAUGUCCCCCUGCGGGAGCGCUUUGUCAUUCCUAGAGACAACAUCCCUAACAAGCGUAGAAAGCAGCUUAGAGAGCAGUUCAUGCGCCGCACUCGCCUCGUUCUCAAGGAAUCGGAGCAUGAGCCUUGGUGCAAAAGGUAUAUGGAGCUUUAUAAUGAGCUUCGAGAGAAUUGGGAAAGAUUGUAUUGGGAUGAGGGUUACUCCAAAAAAAUUGCCCAAGAUCAUGCAAACUAUGAAUCUGCUGAGGAUGAUGAUCAAGAUUUUAAUCCUUACAGGAGCAGGCGAUCUCAUCCUGAUCAAAUGAAGGACCAGGGUUUUGGGAGGAAUAGGCAAGGUGAUUCUUGGGACAAGGUCAGUCAGCUUCGGGACAAGUUUGAGUAUGACAGAGAGAAAAGAAUGAGGGAGAAAGCAUUUGCUCCAAUGAAUGGAGGCACUGCUUCAGACUUUUAUGAUACAAAUUCUCGGAACCAGCCAUUUGAUACUCAGAGUUACUUCCCCUCAACUGAGAGAGACUAGUACAUUGCCCCAAGGGACUGACCUAGGGAUUCUUGAAGAAAUAUGCAAAGAAUCUCUUUGAUUGCACUUUGUCAUGGCUAGGGACCCAAGACAUCAAGAGCAGUUCAUUAUUCAUGGCUAAAGAUCUUCAGCAAGAGCAUGAAAGAAACAUGCCUGUAAUUUUGGUAUAUCAACUGGGAUAUAACGGUUGUUGACACAAACAUGAGGAAUGAAGGCACUAGACAAUGGUUGAAGGAACCUUGUAGUCUUCUGCACUAAGAGUUAGAUCCUGUAUUUAUUUAUUUUUAGCAAAUGUCAAUUGUGGGUUUACUCUUGGUCUCACCUAAGUAUAUUUUCAAUUUAGAUCUUUAGCAAUUUGAUUUUUGCAGUCAUUACCUAUUGCGGCUUUGUUCUUUAAUAAAGUUCAGUUCCUGUCUACUCUACCCUGUCGUUUGUUCAUUUUUUCAGAAAUAUUUCCAUCUUGGCUAAGAGCACACUUUGAUUAAUGGAUUCUGAAAUAUUAUCAUCUUCAUUAAUAAUGAGGGGCUCUCUGU